GCUUUAAAUUUUGGCAAUUAUCUUCGCAGUGUCAUUUAGCAAAUUGUCUUUGGUGCUGUCGGAUCGUAUAACUCCAAAAUGGGUGAAGUCGAUCUAGUGAACCGAGAUCCAAAUAAUAUCAACAAUCAUUUAACAUGCCAGUUUGAAGAUGUAUUGGCCGAGCCUGAUGGCACACACAGUAUUGACUGUGUUUGGAAACUCUCCUACAGCUGUUUCAACCUGUGGAAGAAGAUAUGCUAUAUAGUCUUUACCACGUUGUGCGGGAUCUGUAUUGCUGCUGAGUGGGGAUGCGAAUUUGCGGCAGUCUCUUUCUGGCACAUCUGGGCAUUCACACCUCUCUUCAAGAUGUUUGACCUCAACUGUAGUUGUUUGAAGAAACUAUGGGCACAAUGUGUCAACUGCUGCGUUGAACCGUGCUGCAUGGCUUGCGGAACCGUGUUCCAUAUGUUCAAGAAAGCUUAAUUUCUGACAAAUUGUAAAAAAACUUUUGAAUUUUGUUAAUGUCAGUAUUGUUGGCAACUUAUGAUGCGACUAUGACUUUUUGUCAGUUUGCAGAUAUUUCUAGGAGAAUGAUAUUAUACUUUGACGACAUAUUUUGGUUUAAUUCGUUUGAUUCAAUUUGAAGUUUUCAAAAAGGAUUCAUACUGGAUGGGAAUGAAAUGUGUCGGCUUUAUCUUAAUAUCUUUGUUGUUCUCUGUUAUCUUUCAUUAAAUUUGGUUAAAAGUGUUUGUUAUCUUUAAUUAAAUUUGGUUAAAAUUCUU